UUUUUGACCUAUAGUUACUUUUUCCAAGGUACUUUUUAAAAGCGUUUCCACAGAUAUCUUUGCACGAUCACAUUCAAACAGUAUAACUCGCAAAAACCCCCCAUUUCCUUCUCAUCACAUUCUGCGAUAUAUUACAUUUGACAAGAACACGAAAUACGGACCCCCUCCCCACUGGGGUAAGGCAAUAAUCAAAUUUAAAUGCGCAAAUUUGCGUGCAUGUUGCCAUGCGUCUUAUCAAAGCAAUCUUCUUGAAAAAGGCUUCUGCCAACAACACAAGUUCAAUUAUACAUCUGGUUUGUAUCUUGUUUAUGAUUCUUCGAGAUUAUCAUCGACUAUCUUUUACAAAAUCAAACGUUUCAAUUUACUUUUCCUGUUUACAUUGAUUGAAGCGUAAGAAAAUCACCCCGAAUUGCGAAAAAACUGAAGAAUUCAACUCCUUUUUCCAGUUGAAUUCGUUCACAGAUAUCGACGUCGACGAACAUUUCGUUGUCAUCAAUAGAGACGUUUCCAUUAAGGCUACAGUAUUGUUAAUCGAAGUGGAAAUUCAUUUUUUUCUUAUCUAUGGUUAUGCACGUCAAUCUAAUUAGGAAAUAUCUGGCCAUCUUCGACAUUUCUCGUCUCAGUAUAAAGCCUUUGGUAUCAUAUAAAAAUUCACUUGACAGUUAAUUUCACAGCUUAUUCGGUGUUGUGGGGCUUAUUGGACAAUUACGUUUGUUGGAGGACACACCGGUCGUACGUCGACGUCAGAAUAAACUACAUUUCUUCCCCUUACUUAUUUCUUCGUUUCUUGAUAUCGCGGAAUGUUAACCAGCUGUGAGUGAAGUAUGGAAAGGAAGGUUUUUCUUUAAUUUAAUCAAGAAAAGACGACGCGGAGUUUUACUGGUGCAAACGUCAUCGCAUUUGAAAACAAACUUUGGAAAAGAGGACUUUUCUUGUCGGAGUCUACUGGCAUUCACGAAAUGAUCGCGUAAGAAGUUUGUCUUCUCUGAAGUGAAAAACGUUGUCAAAUCCUUGGAUUCUUCAAAAUUUCAAUUUAAAAAGAAAAUUCAACUGAGCUGCGAAAAAAUGACACUUUCCAAUGAAACCAAUGUCAACCUUCCUGAAGUAAUCUUAAAGUCGGUGUUCAUCUCAAUAGUCAUGGGAAUGACGAUUCUAGGCAACACGCUUGUCAUCGCUUGCGUAUGCUACUUUCCACGUUUGCAUGGCCGCACUAACUACUUAAUUGUCUCCUUGGCUGUUGCUGAUUGGCUGGUUGGUACCACCUCCCUGCCAAUGAGGUUAGCGCAGACGGCCAACAAUGACACGUGGCCCUUUGCUCACGGCGUUUGUCGGUUUUGGAUCUGGAUGGAUAUGCUUUGCUCGGCUGCUUCUAUCUUUAAUUUAACAGCGAUCUCUGUUGACCGACUUGUUGCGGUUGUUGACCCCUUGAAGUAUGAAGAGCGCAUGCGUCAACGUCAUGUCAAGGUCAUGAUUGCAGGCACAUGGCUGUUCGCCCUAAUAUGCGCCAGCUUGAGUCUUGCGGACUGGUCCGUUAUAGACUCCAAACGAAGAGUGCGCAAUUUUCGCAAAGGAGUAUAUAACAUUUGUGAGUGUUGUGUGUUUUUCCUUCCUCUGUUGAUCGUCCUUGUAAACUAUGGUGUUAUAUUCCGAAUCGCCAUGAAACAUGCUCAUAAGCUGGACUUAGAAAUCCGUUCGUUGGCCACCAACUACAACGCUGAGUCGCGAUUGGAUGGCAAUCACAACGCAGAUGAUCUUGCAUCGAAGCCUCCAAAAAGCAUAUUACAUCGAUGUGCGAUCCUUCUGCGCAAAUCGCCUCGAAAACAUCGUCAACGAACAGCGCGGUUCUCGCUUGUAAAGCAAUUGAAGGCAACAAAAACGCUGGCCGUCGUUAUUGGAGUCUUUUGUGUUUGCUGGUUACCUUUUUUUGUUAUUUUUUUGACUUUUCAACAUUGUGGCGAUGAAUGCUUCAAGCCUCCCCGUCUUAGUCAUUCUGCUAGAACUGUUCUCCUUGCCAUUUUUCUGUAUAUUUUACCGGUUGUCAAUAGCGCCGCGAACCCUGUCAUCUACACUUGCUUUAACACGGAAUUUCGCAGAGCUUUCAAGCGUGUGUUGUACACUUUCUUAAGAAAAAAAGGCAAAGAUGAUAUUGACCAAUCAUCAUCGUUUACUGCCGUACCAACCUCCCCUCAAACAGGCCACGAAUGAAGAUAGUGCAACUAUGUGGAAUUUGAGGGACACAUUUGGAAUUAAGAGGUUGGUGGUGAUGAUGAUGGUACUUUGAUCAUUGAUGUGUGAUAAUGGUGGAUUGAGGUUAGGUCAGAAUAAGUUAAAAUAAUUAUUUUAAAUUCAUAAUACUCCAACAACUAAGCGGUUUCUUAGAAUUUUUAAUGAACCUUUUAGGGCGAAAUACGAACAUCAAGAUUGUUCGUAAAGUAUUUUGAAUUUGAAAAUUAUUUAUUGUAGAUAGAAUUGUGUAGAAUAGUACAUAAAAUUUUGUGAUUUACUCCUCGUCCAUUGAUUAUAAACCUGACUCUCAAAAAGUAGCAAGUGAACGAAGAUUUCAUUUUACCAUAUGGACAAAGUUCUGCAUUAUUCUAUGUAAAUACGUUAAUUUAUGAGUGAAGAUGUUUCUGCCUGUUGUUAGUGUGUACUUGAUGUUCCCUGUAUUAAUCAACAAAUAUUCCGCCUCUUGAA